AUGCUUGUUCCUGAGACAGCCUUUAAGAUGAGUCUUGAUGGUCGCGGUGUGAAAACCAAGUUCUGCCCUGGCCUCCACGGGCUCAAGUGGCAGCUGUUGCUAUGUUUCUUGGCCACUACCUGUGAAGCUUUCUUCUUCCCGGGACUAGUUCCCAUCACCUACUGUGAGGAAGGCAAUCCCAACUCCUAUUGUAAGUCCUCAAUUCAGGUGUAUGCUGAUAAAUUGUACUCAGUGGAAACUGUGAUGUUCUAUGACUAUGAUAGCUUUGACUUCUGUCAAGAUUCUUUGAAGAAAACACCCUCUAAGACUCUUGGACAAAUCCUAUCUGGGGAACAAAUAACAUCAUGUCCCUACAAGUUUUCUUUCAACAAAGAAGAAACAUGUAGAAAAGUCUAUGUAAAAUUUUACGCUCCAGACAGUGAAGAUGAAAUGAGCAAGUUGGCCUUUUUGAAGAGAGGGAUAAAACAGGAUUACCAUCAUCACUGGGUUAUUGAUAACACACAAGUAAUAUGGUGUUAUGACACAGAAGAUGGAGAACACCAUUGCGUAUCAGGAUUUCCAAUAGGAUGUUUUAAUGCCCCGAGUGACCAAGUGAAAGGUUCUUGCUUGAUUAAUCCUGAAUUCAACAAAAAUAAUAGUUUGUACCUCUUCAACCACCUUGACAUUACUAUUACAUAUCACAAAGAAAGUGACACAAACAGCCAGGUUGCAAAGGUGAUUAGUUCCAGAGUUGAUCCCAAGAGCUAUAAACAUUCAGAUGAAGACCACAUAACUUGCAAUGAGCCACCUAUGGAAAUUCCUGAAGAAGAUACAGAGAAUUUAAAGGUGGUCUACACAUAUUCUGUGAAAUUCGAGCCAAGUAUGGAAAGUAAAGCUACCGAGUGGUCCUCGGAAGACGAUUAUGAUUUGGAGACUACAACUGAGACGAACGUUCAGUGGGUUAGACAACAUGAUGGUGGUCGUGAGCAAGAUAUGAUGGUGGAAGUAUGUGACCGGAGGCAGUUUGGUUGGAGGUUGAUUCAUGGGAGUGUAUUCAGGCUCCCAGAGCAUGGAAUGUUGCUGUCUAUCCUUCUUGGUCAAGGAACACAAGUUUUCAUAAUGACUUUUCUGUCUUUAUUUCUGGCUGGUCUUGGUUUUCUUACUCCUUCUGAGCAAACUGCUUUAGUGAACUAUGGUGUUGUGCUGUGGCUCAUACUGGAAAUCCCUGCUGGAUAUGUGUCUGCCAAAAUGCACAAGACAUUUAAAGGUGUAAACUGGAAGAUGCAUUUUUUGCUGACAACAUUGUUAUUUCCUGGAAUUGUCUUUACUGAUAUCUUCAUUAUGAAUCUAAUUCUUUGGAUGGAAGGUUCAUCAGCUGCUGUCUCCUUUUGUAAACUGGCAAGUCUCUUUGCAUUGUGCUUUGGAGUUUCAACACCACUGACAUUUUUGGGAGUGUACUUUGGGAAAAAGGAAGAGUUUGAGUUUCCAGUUCAUACAGAAAAGGCCCCUCAUGUGAGUUCCCAGAGGACUUUCUUUACAAAAUCAACUAUUACCAUUAUACUUGGUAGUCUUUUACCCUUUGGCUGUAUUUUUCUGCAACUUUCUUACAUUCUAAACCGUAUUUGGUCUCCUCAUAUGUACUACCUGUUCACCUUCCUUCUCCUACUCUUCUUAAUUCUUAUGAUUUCCUGUUCAGAAGUUACAGUUCUGCUAUGCUAUUUUCGACUGUGUGCUGAGGAUUGUGGUUGGUGGUGGAGAGCCUUUUUGACCAGCAGUUUUACAUCUGUUUAUAUUUUUAUAUAUGCACUUCACUACUUUUUUACCAAACUUCAAGUCACUAGCAUUGGAAGUACCUUUAUGUACUUUGGGUAUGCAUUUAUCCUAGUGCUAGCUUUCUUCCUCUUUACAGGCACUAUUGGAUUUUUUUCUUGCUUCUUCUUUGUUACUGCAAUCUACGGUGUGAUAAAAGUGGAUUAA